AUGGCGCCCCUGAAGCUUCUGGCCAGGCUGGCCGUUGGUAUUUUCUUACUCAGUUCACCAACUCUGAUACAUGCGGACGCUGACAGGAUCCACCCCCGCAACAUCACCAUUAACCUACUGCAGAACGGCGACAGCGACUCCCAGGGCACGCCUUUCAAGGGGGCCCUCGUCAAGGCCUGGUGGGACGUGGUAGACCUCGCGAGGAUACCCGCAUCCGUCAACUGGGACGAGCCCGGGACGUUGGAGGAGAGGUUCUACGGGGCCGACAUAGGCUCCAGGGACGAUGCCAAAGAGCAGAUCCAAACGGUCUUCAAGACCAUCAUGGACCUAUACACGUCCAAGACGACGGGCCAGAUCCGCAUAGCCUGCCAGGACAUGCACCAAGACCACCGGACAGACGACGAGCAGACGACGUGCACGAACCGGGUGCCCGGACGGAAACCCAAGCUCAUCGGCGGCUACGCGUUCGCCUACGGCCCGGCGCACGACCAGGGCACCGUCGUGCUCUGCGCGCCCUUCUUCGCGCCCGGACAGGAAAACCUCGGCGAGGUGCUGGCGGAGCUUCGGAGCCACAAGGAUCAGCAGCACGACGCUAAGGUCAUGAGCGGCAAGUUCACCAUGUUGCUCCACGAGCUCACGCAUCUUCCUUCUAUCGAAGGGCAGCAGACGGUUGUCAUUGAAGAUCAGAAGUUCAAUCCCAAGGCGCUGAUACCCGAUGCCGCAUACGGCCUGUACUGGGUGGAGAGGUUGGCAGACAGUACCAAACAGCGUGCCCGGACGCAUCUUAACGCCGACACCUACGCGUGGUACGCCAGCGAGAAAUACUUCGAGGCCUUCUUCGGCACGCCCGACGCCUACAACCAGCCGCGCGUGGACCCGGACCCCCCAGCCCCUGCCCCUGCCCAGGACCAGCCGGACCAACCCACCAAGGCCCUCAACAUCGUCCUCGAGAACAGCCGGCACGGUGUCCCGGGCGACGCGGACUUCUACGACCGGAUGGAGUGGCUCCUCUUCUCCGUGGCCUACGGGACCGGCUCGCUGUGCGCGACGGACCAGUCCCCGGCCCGGUACCCGACCGACGGCACCAUCACCCAGCUGAUCCACGCCGAGCUGCUACACGGCACCUUUGCCGUCAAGACCCAGGACGGGGACUGCGAGUACAAGAACGACGGCACGGGGAACCCGGGGGCGCUGUGGUGUGGCGGUACGGCGCAUAGCUGCAGGGAGCAGGCGGAUCUGCGGAAGGGAAGGGAGGCCGAUCAUUAUUGCGCUGAGCUCGGAAAGAGUAUCACGGGAUCCGUGGAGCAGCGUGCGGCUGUUGUUUGCGAGUGGUAG